ACUGGAAUGCGGCAGCUGUUUGAACUUGGACAGUACACAAGGGAAAGAUAUUCCAACUUUUUGAACAGCACAUACAAUCGGCAAGAGUUUUACAUCCAAAGCACAGAUUACGAUCGCACCAUUAUGAGUGCCCAGUCGUACCUUUCUGGCCUCUUUCCACCAACCAGCAGCCAAAUUUGGAACCCUGAGCUUCUCUGGCAACCCAUUCCAGUGCAUGUUUUGCAAAAAUCAACAGACCGGAGGCUGCAUUUUCCUCUGCCUGACUGUCCACGUUUUGACACACUUCAGAAUGAAACACAAACUUCCAGUGAAUUUCAAAACAGAAUACAACCAUACAUGGAUUUCUUACAAACAAUGGCAGUUGACACAGGACUUGAACUAAAUAAUCUUAAAAUACUGGACAACUUCCAGCUCUGGAAUACAUAUGAUACCCUACACUGUGAGGGUAUUCACAAUUAUACUCUCCCUGCAUGGGCCACCAAAGAUGUAAUCAACAAGAUGGAAAAACUGGCAGAAUUGUCCUUAUUAUCACUCUUUGGGAUUUAUAAAAGAGAAGAGAAAUCGCGACUACAAGGAGGUGUCCUUGUGAAUAUAAUUUUAAAUAGUAUUAAACAAGCUGCCAACUCUUCAAAACAAAGAAAAAUGGAGGUCUACUCUGCACAUGACACCACACUUGGGGCCCUCCAGAUUGCUCUCAAUAUUUUCAAUGGAAAACUGCCACCAUACGCUGCUUGCCAGUUUUUUGAACUCUACCAAGAAAGCAGUGGGCGAUACAGCAUUGAAAUGCAUUAUCGGAAUGACUCUUCAAAGGAUCCUUACCUACUCACUCUACCAGGAUGCACCUCUUCUUGUCCUCUCGAGAAGUUUGCUGAACUAGUUUCUCCUGUGAUUACAGAAAAUUGGUCAAAAGAAUGUGGGAAGAAAGACAAAAUGAAAGAUAUUUUUAUUGGAUUUGAUGUUGCUGUUGGCUUAUUAUUCAUUUUUGACCUUGUUCUGCUCUACCUCCUUUAUCAUUAUGGACGCUGCAGGCGCAGAAACAAUUACCAAGAUAUUUAA